AGUUGUUUACAUAAUUGUUUUGAAAUGAAAUGUUGUAUCGAUAUUUACUACCUAUAUUAAAUAAUACCAUUAAUCAAUGGUAUUAUUAGAUGGUAGAACGUAAAAGUUAUUAACUAUAUUACUUAAGUAAUAUUUUUUGAUUUUGCGCAGUGUACGUAAAAUGACGGAGCUAAAGCCAAAGUUACAAGAAAACCCGAGAGGGGCUUUAGAAGCAUACAUAACAGCACUACAAAGCGAGUCUAAAAUGGCUCGAAAACAAGGCUUGCUACGUAUAAACGAAGAAAUUUUCCAUAAUCCGGUCAACGCGGAAUGUGACCUUGCAGUUGUUUUUCCAGAAAUUUACGCGUAUAUUCUAAAAAGCUUCUCAGAUGUCUCAGAAGCAUGUAGAGGAACUGCUAUAUUGAUAAUUUCCAAUUUCAUAAAACGUUUACCUCUUAACGACUAUUAUUUAACAUACAUCUUCCCUAUCAUUGUUCGUCGUAUAGGAUGCCCAGAAAUAGUAGAAGAAUCGGAAGAAAUUCGCUUAGAUCUAAUACAAUUGGUUCAUGAUAUUAUUCAAAAAUAUAGAGGCACUCACCUUUUAAAUUCUUUUAUGAAUAGCUUUACUAGUAUUCUAACAAAGACCAGUAUGGAUCCAUACCCUAAAGUUAAAUUGGAAGCAUGUGAAUGUAUUAUAUUAUUGUCUAAUGUAUUACAAAGAGACUUUCAUUUUCAAGCAGAAAGUUAUAUUAAACCUGUACUAACAAAUUAUGCUCAUCAACACUUCAGAGUAAGAGUAGCAUCAAUUAAAGCUAUAGGAGCAAUAGUUAUGGCAGGAAAUGCUAAAUGUUUUGAGUUGUCCAUCACACCGAUGGCUGAGAAACUUUUUGAUGAGAAUAGCCAGGUGCGGAUGCAGGUCACGCAAGAGGUGGGCAACUGGAUGCUCAAUUAUAGAGACAGAUAUUCAUUCUGGCAUCGCAUGAUACCACUUCUGUUGACCAGUCUCAGUGACGUUAUGGCUAAUAUCAGAGAAGCAGCAACAAAACUUUGGUCUGACAUUGGCUUACAAUACAUGGAGGAGAAUGAAGAAGACAUAAAGAAGAAGACUGAUUUCCUCAAGGACGUCCCAUCACAUUAUCCAGAUGUUAAGAGGCCCAACCUUGGCUGCAGGAUGUUGGUGCAGAGCAAUAUUGGCAAAAUUGUACCUGCCAUUGGGAGAGAGAUGGAGGGUUGGCAAGCGGAUUCCAGGCUGCGUUGUGCCCAGCUCUUGUGCUGGCUGUUACUGUGCGCGGAAGAGGGCUCAACACAACACGCCAACACCAUCGUGAGGACGCUGCACCGCGGAGCUUCUGACGAUGACCAGAGAAUCACCACUGAGAUUAAACGUGCCGCGGAACUAUUUGGAUACUUCAUACCUCCUACUACCUGGUGGCCGCUGCUAGAGGCCGAGGUAGACUCGUGGUGUGCACUGCUUGUGAUAGCCAAUAUCAUCAAAGGAUCCCAGCCCGAGUUGGUGAAGGGGAAGUUGAUGAAGGAGUUGUGUAGAGAAAUGGCCGAUCCUAAUCGAUGCAGACUGAGAAAGCCCAAAUAUCAGAAGAACUUACUAUACGUAUGUGAGUCGCUUAUGGAUCUGUGCAAGUCUGACUGCACGGAGGUUGCAGAACAGCUGUUCAUAAUCAACUUUAGCGUGUACGCCAUGCCCGUCGAUGACAACAUACAAUUUAUGGCAAUAUCUAAUCUGGACAAGUUGCGUCACAUAGAGCAGUGCGGGUCGCUCACGGCGCUGUACGAGCGACACAUAGCGCGCGUGCUAGCGGACAUCACGAGCGACGCGUUGACGUGGAGUCUGCUCACUCCUGACCGAUGUCUGCUGGAGUGCGUGCUGCUAUAUUCUGGCUCAGCAAUGGGUGCUCAGCUCCACCUGAUAGCUCCAUUGUUACGCGAGUGUCUGGCGGUGCCCAAAGUAGACCCGGAAGUGAAACUCAAAAUAUUCACCGCUCUGUCUACAGUGCUAAUUCAGCGACAGAAAAACUUCAGCCAAUGUGAACCGGACAAGCUGGAAGCUUUUCUCAACAUUGUAAUUAAAGAGGUAAUCAUGCCGAAUUUGGUGUGGUCGGCGGGUCGCACGUCUGAAGCGAUUCGCACAGCCGCGGUCGCGUGUCUGUGCUCGGCCUUACAGGACAACCCGCAAGGGCAGCCCCCUCUAGGGGCUGGCGGCGAUGGGGACAACAAUAACAAGGUGGUGAACCUGUUCCCUACCAAGGAGUCACUGGAGCCCUUCUUGGACGAGAUGGUUCCACAUCUAGUAGGUCUGGUGGAUGACAACUCCACUCUGACGCGACAACACGCGCUGCGGUCCAUCUGCUGCCUGGCAACACUCGCCAAGCAGCGAGACUGUCUCACUACUGAUGUACUACAUAAACUUUAUUUUGUGGUUCUCAAACGUUUGGACGACAGCAACGACCACGUGCGAUCGUUCGCUAUACACACGCUCUGUACACUGUUUACUUGCCGCCCUAACGACUACGACAUUGCCACGUUCUGCGCGCACGUCGACGCCCUCUACAGCGCCAUGCUCAUACACCUAGACGAUGCUGACGAGGCCUUCCGCAAGGAGAUGUUGGAUGCACUGAUAUCACUUAGCGAUAUUGAUCCUCGUACACUGAUGAAGAAAGUCCAAGUGAAUGUUCAUCUAUAUAGAAAUAAGGCGGCUUACGAGAAGCUGUCUAAACAUUUGGAGAAGAUUAUUAAGUGAUUUAGUUAUUAGUAUUGACUCAACGAGCACCUAGGCCGCGAUCUGAACUGAGUCGUUGGAUUGCGAUUAAAACAUAUCUCAGGGGAAUUAUACAUAUUGUAUUGCGAAUAGUAUGCUUUUAUUUGUUAAAUGUCAUUGAUUAGGUAUUAAACCACACAUGUAUUUUAAUUUAUUCUCGUUAAAGAAUGAUUUAGUUUAUUUGUGCAAUAAAUGUUUUGUUAUUAUAA